CCCUUCCUUCAUAUAUACGAAUAUAUACAUACAUAUAUAGGCCCUCGCAGUCACCGUUACUCGAUUUCUCGACUGUGAUUUUUGCCCUAAUAUAGGGUACUUGUAGAGAAGUCGAUCGAUCUCGUUUUUUUGCGCGGGAUUCAUAGGGUUUCAGCUGCAUUUUGUUGGAACAUCGCGUGAAAAUAAAUUGUUAUAUUUUCUACAUAAGAGUGUAGAAGAGAAUGAGUCGGAGCUUAGGGAUUCCGGUGAAGCUGCUGCACGAGGCGUCUGGGCACGUAGUGACGGUGGAGCUGAAGAGUGGCGAGCUCUACCGCGGAAGUAUGAUCGAGUGCGAGGACAACUGGAAUUGCCAGCUCGAAAACAUCACUUACACUGCCAAGGAUGGAAAGGUCUCACAACUCGAGCAUGUUUUCAUUAGAGGCAGCAAAGUCAGGUUCAUGGUCAUCCCCGAUAUGCUUAAGAAUGCUCCCAUGUUCAAGCGUUUGGAAGCUAGAAUUAAGGGUAAGGGUUCAUCACUUGGAGUAGGACGUGGACGUGCUGUUGCAAUGCGAGCUAGAGCUCAGGCUGCUGGUCGAGGAGCACCUCCCGGUAGAGGUUCUGCACCGCCAGUGCGAAGGUGAUCAUAUUCGGGCAAUUUGUGUUUAAUGCUGCUGUGAAGUGGGCGUAUCCAUCUAUACUUGGUUUUUUGUUUUUAGUUUCCCUUGUGAGAAUUAACUUGCUAUGGCUUAGAUAGUUGAGAAUUAACUCGUUGUUCGAUUUACUGUAAUUGUGGUUUUGUAGUAAUGGUUUGGAUUGCUGGAAUGUGCAGUUUAUGACUCUCUCUCUGCCUUACAACUUUUUGAAUGCAUUGAAUUCUUGUUUAA